CACCAUUAUGGCGGCGUAAGUUCAGUCCCCCAACGCGUGGUUGGUUAGUGCCACCUAUCUAUCAAAGUCGUGUCCAAAGCGUCUACCACAGCCGUGUUCCCCCUCCCGUCCGUCUCCUUUCGUCACUUCCUGUCUAGCUCCUGCGCAGUCGAUAAGGAAACCCGCACGCCACCGUCGUUCUUUUUUUCAGCCGGCCUGGAAGAUGGCGGACAUUCAGACAGAGCGUGCCUACCAGAAGCAGCCCACUAUCUUCCAAAACAAGAAGAGGGUCCUGCUGGGAGAAACUGGCAAGGAGAAGCUCCCUCGGUACUACAAGAACAUCGGUCUGGGCUUCAAGACCCCCAAAGAGGCCAUCGAGGGCACCUAUAUUGACAAGAAAUGCCCCUUCACCGGUAAUGUCUCCAUCCGAGGCCGGAUCUUGUCUGGCGUGGUGACCAAGAUGAAGAUGCAGAGGACCAUUGUCAUUCGCCGUGACUAUCUCCACUACAUCCGCAAAUACAAUCGCUUUGAGAAGCGCCACAAGAACAUGUCUGUGCACCUGUCCCCCUGUUUCAGGGACGUCCAGAUUGGCGACAUUGUCACGGUUGGCGAGUGCAGGCCACUGAGCAAGACAGUGCGCUUCAACGUGCUCAAGGUCACCAAAGCUGCCGGCACCAAGAAGCAGUUCCAGAAGUUCUGACGGCGCCUGACCGCCCCCCAAAGGGAAUAAAGUUAUUUUUGCUCUCACCAUGGA